GACGUUCGAUGUUUCUCAGUCCGCGUCGAUUUCUUGACCAACUCCACUAUAAAAGCAUCACUCAUCGCUCGACACGAAUCCAAACUAAGCUCAGAUUCUAUCUUUCAAUGUCGUCGUCGUUUUCUUCUUCUUCUUCCGAAGCGAAAUGGCCGUUCGACGUCUUCCUCAGCUUCAGAGGGGAGGACGUCCGCCACGGCUUCGUCGAUGACCUCCACAAGUGUCUGCUUCAUCGAGGCAUCAACGCUUACAUCGACAGCGAGGACUUGAGGCCCGGGGACCAGAUCUCGCCAGCGCUGACGAAGGCCAUCGAGGAGUCGCGGAUCGCCGUGCUCGUCUUCUCCAAGAACUACGCUUCGUCUCGGUGGUGCUUGGACGAGCUGGUGAAGGUAAUGGAGUGUAAGAGGCUCAAGGGGCAGCUGGUGUUGCCCGUGUUCUACGGAGUGGAGCCGAGGGAGGUUCGAGGGCAGAGAGAGAGUUUUGGCAAGGCAUUGGCCAGGCACGAGGAGAAACUGGGAAAGGAUUCUGAGAGGGUGGGGAAAUGGAGGCAAGCCCUAAUUGAAGCCGGCAAUUUGUCCGGAUGGCAUUAUGUCGAUGGGCAAUCACAAGAUGGUACCGAGUUCACUGAGAGCAUCGUCCAAAAGAUCUCGGCUAUAGUACGGCAUGUACCCUUGAGUGUUGCCAAGUAUCCCGUCGGUCUAGGUUGCCGGGUAGAAAAAGUAAUGUCGUUGUUGAGUAUAGGCUCAGAUGAUGCUCGGAUGAUAGGAAUAUGGGGAACUGGAGGUGUAGGGAAGACCACUAUCGCUAAAGCUGUUUAUAAUAGUAUUGCCAGUCAGUUUGAUGGGUGCAGCUUCCUUGCAGAUGUUAGAGAAACUUCCAGUAGACCUGAUGGCCUUGUUGAUUUGCAGAAAAAACUAUUAUCCCAGAUAUUAUGGAAGGGAGAUUUAGCGGUCUUUAGUGUGGAUGGAGGCGCUAAUUUAAUACCGGAUAGACUUCGCUGCAGGAAGAUUCUGCUUGUGCUUGAUGAUGUGGAUCAUGGGAAACAGUUAAAUGCAUUGGCUAGAGAAUGUGAAUGGUUUGGAAAAGGGAGCAGGAUCAUCGUUACGACAAGAGAUAAACAUGUACUAACUUCUCAUCAGAUAGAUCAGGUAUAUGAAGUUAGACCAUUAGAUCAAGAUGAAGCUUUUGAACUUCUCAGUUCAUAUGCUUUUCCAGGAAACCAGACGGAAGACAUAAGCAAGCAUCACAUAGAUAAUAUUUUGGGCUAUGCUAAUGGCCUUCCCUUAGCGAUUGUGGUCUUGGGUCCCUUUUUACAUGGUAGAAGUAGAGAAGAAUGGGAGAGUACAUUGGAAACACUUGCUGAAAGUCCUAAUAAAGAUAUAAACAGUGUCCUCAAGAUAAGUUUUGAUGCGCUGGACAACAAUCAAAAGGACAUUUUUCUUGACAUUGCUUGCUUCUUUAAGGGGAGAAGAAGGGAUUAUGUAACCAGAGUUCUUGAUGGUUGUGGUUUAAAGACAUUAAUUGGGAUUCAGACUCUAAUAGAGAGAUCCUUGGUAACAAUUGACCAUAUGGAAAUGGUACAAAUGCAUGACUUGAUUCAGCUGAUGGGUCAGGACACCGUUAAACAAGAAAAUCCAAAUGACCCUGGGGGACGGAGUAGAUUAUGGUACUAUGAUGAUGUUAAUGAAGUAUUGUCAGCGGCUAUGGGAACCAAUGCUGUUAAAGGCAUAGUGCUGCAGUUGCCAAGUCAAGGAGAGCUACGCAUCAGUCGCGGUGCUUUCACAUGCAUGAGGAGACUGAAAUUGCUCAUACUUUCGAAUGCACGAAUCAGCGGAGGACCUGUAUGUCUUCCUGAUGAUUUAAGGUGGCUUGAAUGGCAUAAAUGCCAUUCAGCCACUUUGGAGUUUAAUGCUGGUCCAAAAAAACUUGUUUGCUUUGAUGUGAGUGGCAGCCAGAUUAAGAAAUUUAGAGGAUACUUAAAGGAUUUUAGAAUGUUGAAGGACAUCAAUUUCAGUCGAUGCAAUUUCCUGACUCGUGUUCCUGACAUUUCAUGGGCUCCAAAUUUGGAGAGAUUGGAUUUCAAUAGCUGUGAAUGCUUGGUGGAGGUUGAUCAAUCCGUCGGAUAUCUUGACAAGUUAGAAUUUUUAUCAUUAGAACAGUGCUCUAAGCUUAGUAUCUUUCCUAGCAUACUCAAGACAAAAUCUCUUCGCAAACUUUAUCUCUCCGGUUGCUCUAAACUCAAGAAGUUCUCUGAUAUUCUGGUAAAGAUAGAACAUCUAGAGGAACUUUAUCUAAAAGGAACAGCUAUUAAAGAACUCCCUGCAUCCAUUGAUAAUCUUGUCUCUGUAAGGCGAAUACAUUUAUGGAACUGCAAAAGUCUCAUAAGGCUUCCAUCGAGCAUUUAUAAAUUGCAAAAUCUGAGCGACCUGUAUCUUUCGGAUUGCUCAAAUUUUAUCAUGUUUCCGAAGAACUUGGAGGAUCCAACUGAUCUUGAUGGUGGCUUGGGAUUCCCAAAUCUAGACAGGCUAGAUCUUGACGGUUGCAAUUUAUCAGGGUUAGAUUUCCUCGAGGGUUCUUCCAAUUUUCCCAGAUUGAGGUACCUAAAUCUUAGAGGGAACAAGUUCACUCAUAUGCCGAGGUGCUGCCGCAAAUAUGAUAAUUUGAAAGACUUGUAUCUGGAUAAUUGCGAGCAACUGCAAGAGAUUCCUCAGCUUCCAUCAAAUAUUGGGAUCAUAAGAGCAAAUAAUUGCAGAUCUCUACAAAAACUCCCAGAUUUUUCGAGUCUCUCCAACUUCUCCGAAGUUAACUUCUCUUCAUGCUGUGGAUUAUCACGGAAAGGGUUCGAUCUGCCUGGUGUGUCAAUACUCGAGUAUCUCCGGAAGACGGCGAAACACUACAACGAACGCGACAUUCUCGUAAUUGGAGGAGAGAUGCCAGGAUGGAUUCACCAUUGUGAAGAGGGAUCUAUAUCUUUCAAGGUUCCCAAGGAUCUGUAUGACAAGUUCUUAGGACUUGCACUCUGUGUGGUUGUUGGGCUGGAGGAAGGAAAAGUGCUCGAUGUUGUUUCAUGCGACGUCCAAAUUUUUGUCAAUGGCAACGGGACGAAUGCACAUUUUACAUCCUUCUUUUCACUGGAAUCCGAUCAUGUGUGGCUUGAAUAUCAUCUGCGCAGAAAUCUGUGGGAAGUAGAGAAGCAUCUGCAAAAUGAUUGGAGUGAUUUUCAAGUUUACCUUAGAGUUUCAAACGGAAGCAUAAAGAAGUGUGGGUUCCGUCUAAUAUGCCAGCAACAGGAGGAUGAUUUGAGGGUUGAGCCCCAAUGCCCUCAUCCGAUAGAAACAAAUUGGCUUCUCAAGGAAAGAGACUCAGAGGAAGACAAUUCAAUAGACACCAGAUAGUCCAAUCGAAACAGAUGGAGAGGAAAGCUGAUCAACUUAACAAAGAUAAGAUGGUCUUAACUAUGGUUCCACUGGCACCAAAUAUCAUACGAGUGUUAGCUUGCAAAACAUUCCUGUCAAAUUGGUCACGACUUGUUGAGGAGUUGAUUCUAGGGGAAGUGAUUCCAAUGCAUUUUUCUUUUCCGUUUUCUUUUUUUUUCAUCUCUACUAGAAAUUUUAAAAUGUCUGCUCCUUAAAUUAAAAUUGAAAAUCACAAUGAAGUACGGGUUCUGCAUCAUGCUAUUAAUACUGACAUGGUUGAGGAACUAUUCCUUACUCUCUUUCUAUAUGAAUUGUGAUGCAGAAUGCAUUAAUCCAAACUUAAGUGGAUGCUUGUUGAAUGGCCAUGGUCUUCCUAGUU